CGCAAUUCACAUGUUAUUAUGAGCCAAAUAAGUUACAAAACUCUUUGCUUUCCCAGCCAAUAAUUUCGAUCGCCAUGCAUGUCUCGCUAGCUUCCUUGCCAAUUAGCUAGUACUGGGAUCGGAGUACUAUAUAAAGAACCUCAAUCCAGCACCUCCUUGCAAAUCAACUUAACAAACCACCCAAAACCCCAAUACUCGUACAAUCUAUACUACCCCAUGGCUUGCUCUUCAGACCACAUUACUAUCCUCAAAGCUCUCAUGCUACUUUGUGUGGCUUUCCCUACCGCCACCGCGGCUCGGCCAAUGAUGGCCGAAUCCGCCGGGCAACAGGCAGGGGCCGGUGGCGGCGGGGGAAGCGACUACUCGGAGUGCUUGGAGACUAUGUUCCAGCUGCAAUCGUGCACGGGAGAGGUCAUACUCUUCUUCAUGAACGGGGAGACGUAUCUUGGCCCCAACUGCUGCCGCGCCAUAAGGACCGUGGAGCACAAGUGCUGGCCUUCCAUGUUCGCCUCCGUCGGCUUUACGGCGGAGGAGAGUGACAUUCUGCGCGGCUAUUGCGACGCCGAAGAGGGCGGCCACGGCGGAUCAGCCGAUGAAGACGACGGCGAUGCAUCUCUUGCUUUCCCAUCUUGCCCUCCUCACCAUGAUGUCAACCUUACUACGUCCGAUGAGAUAGAAUCUUUGUCACCAUGAUAUUUUAUCGUUAUGUUUUCCACGUGUAGUGGAGAAAAGAGAAAUCAUUAUUUCUUAAAUUAUAUACUUUGAAGUUCCUACAAUAGGUUCAAUAAAUGAAAUUAUCGAAAAUAAUUCUAAUUUUAUUCCAUUUUCAAAAGUCAUUUCAACUUUCAGGAUGAUGGAUAAUAUUUUUAAUUUUAUUAAAAUUUGUGAGUUUUG